AUGUCGAAACUUGCAGCAGAAUCCCAGGGACGUAGCCGGUUGCUCCAGCUACCUGACGAGCUUCAUCUUGAAUAUCUCCAGUAUCUCGAUGUCCCCUCCCUGAACCACCUAAGCCAAACCUGCGUGACACUCCACGUGAAGCUCGUAGAGGAACUCAUCGCGAGAUGCAAAGAUUACGCGGUCGGGUCCAAGGAGGGCUACGAAGCCGCGAUUAGAGGUGAAUUGGAGCGUAUACUUGUGAGGCAGUCACAUCGAUCGGGACGUCCUGGCGGUAUCAUGCCACAAGUUGACGGACACCGGCUGCUCAACGCCGUGCUUGCCGAUCGUUUCGACGCGGUGUUAGGGUUCUUGAAAGCCGGGGCCGACCCUAAUCGCCCAUGCUACGCGAAGUGGCCAUUGUUACAUCAUGCGGUGCUACGCUUUCGGUCAGGGAGAACACCGCUUCGAAUGAUCCAGAUUUUCUUGGAACAUGGCGCUCCGCCCAACGAUCAAGUCAUGUUCCUUCGUAGCACGGCCCUAGACUUGCUUCUUUAUCGCCUUGACAGGGGGAGGUUUAUCAGUAAAGAGGCUAUACAGCUGCUCCUGUCUUAUCGGGCUUCUCCUACGAACCAAUUCAGUCUCGCUGGGCCCCUGGCUCAAUGGGAAUAUUGA